GGGGCCCGGUUCAGUUGCAUUCGAAUUGCAUUAACGGAAUCUGAUUUGAGUUUUUUUUUUUGCAAAUUUGUUUCCGUCUUCUUGAAGCAUUUUUCGUGGGGCGAAAGUAAAACACGCGUUAAUAAAAAACGAAAGUUUAGUUUCAGCAAAACAAGUGAUCAGCCACGGGAAAAAAAUAUGUCCAGCUUGACGAUGAUGUUCCGAUCGUCGAGUUGCCUGUUGGUUUUAGCUUUUGCCGUCAGUGUAGGAGCUUAUUGGUCCGCCAAUUCCGGUUUCGAUACCGAUGAGCAGAGCUACUUUUUCGGGGGAAGGAAUUUGACGGACACGUUGUGCUUCCAGAAGACCGUCACGAAAGGAACUCAAACGCCAGUCAAAGUUAGCUACCAAACUUCGUCGACGACCAAAAAUAUUACGAUGGUGACGGCUAAUGCUGAUCGGGAUUCAACAUACGGUUACAGUAUGUACCUGGAAACUGGAGCCAUUGGAACCAAUACUGUGACGUUCAAGAUUAUGGGAAAAGCUUUGAUGCCGUAUAACAUUUUGAUCGAGUUCUGGUGUACUCCUUAGUGAGAUAGUCUUAAUAAUAUUUAUAGCUAGAGUUAGAAUUAUGAGUUAAAAGCAGAGCAUGAGAUAUGAUAGGUGUUAUAAACAAUAGUCAAAGAAUAUAGAUUUAAAAUAAAUUUUGGACCAGAUUUUGGACCAGUAUAAACCAUA